AUUAUUGGCACCAAGGCGUCUAUGUAUUGGCCCCUCGUGAAUAAACUCCGACCGACUUUUUACGCCAGCGAAAACUCGUCGUGACAAGUGGGAAGACAAUUGGUCAUCAAUCCCAGCGCCGGAAUCUCAUACUGCAAGCGGUGGUGCGGUGGUGCUGGUAUAAGUAGAGCAGCCAUGUCGCCUCUUGGAUUAAUGGAUACAAACUACUUCAUCCAGCGCCAUCAAACCACCAUUUCUCCCAUCUAUAUACAACCACCCGCAGCCAUGGCUCCUACAUUCCUCAUCGCCGGCGCCACUGGCAACACCGGCCGCGCCGUGGUCGAGACGCUGUCGGAGCUUCUCAAGACCAGCACUGCCUUUGCUGGCUACCGCAUCCUUGCCCUCACGCGUUCCGCGAGCGGCGCGGCAGCUCAGAAGCUGGCCCAACUGCCCGGCGUCGAGGUCGUCGAGAAGACGUGGGUCGAGAUCACGUCCGACUGGCUCCGCGAAAACAACGUCGUCCGGGCCUUUAUUGCCUCGCACAACGAGCCCAAUCAGUUCGCUGAGGAGUCGACGUUCCACCUCGCCGCGCUCCACGCCGGCGUCGAGUACGUCGUGCGCAUCUCCACUACGGCCGCCAACGUACGUCCAGACUGCCCGGCCUACUACCCGCGCACGCACUGGGCAAUCGAGGCCCUGCUGAGCUCGCCGGAAUUCGACCGUCUGCGCUGGACCUCGCUGCAGCCCAACGUCUUUACGCAGUUCAUCCUUAUGCCUGCCGCCGCCUUGAUCAAGAAGUUCCGCGAGACGGGCAAGCAGGAGACCCUAAGGACGAUGUCUUCUGAGGACGCGGCCGUCGGCAUCAUCGACUCCAACGACGUCGGCAUCUUUGCAGCUCACCUCUUAGUCACCGAAGACGUCACCCCGCACAAUAAGGCCAAGUACGUCUUGAACGGACCGGAGAAUAUCUCUGGCCGCCAGAUCGUCGCCCUGAUUGAGGAGUACAUUGGCACCAAGGUCGAUGAUGUCAUCUUCAAGGAUGCCUCGUUUGUCGAGUACAUGGCAGCCCAAACCAAGGAGGCCCCGAAUGUUAUUCUGUCCAUCAGGCACGCUGCGGAAACCGCCUGGGAGGGCAAAUGCGGAAUUGACACGACGAGCAAGGAGGUCCUUGAGAUAGCCGCGCCGAAGCGCACCCCUGCUCAAGUCCUCAAGACGAUGUUAGGCGAGUAGGGAAAUGCUCUCUACCGACUGCUAUCUCUUAUUUGAAUGGAUAGCCGGAGUUGUAUAGGGAUGAGGCAAAAGUCACAGGACUGCAAGUAAGGGGAAAUGGAAAGGAAAAGAA